UGCCAAACGCACACAUACCAUCAAAGUACAAUUAUCAAUGGCUUAAGCGGGCGGAAAUGCGUUUUCAAACUGAAGUCCAACCCUCCGCUUCACUCUACUCCACUCUCCUGUUUCUUGUUCUCUAAUGGAUGCUCCGAAGGAUCAUAUGCUCAACCUUCUUGAUCAUGGCCUCCACAACUCCGCUGAAAUCCUUGGUCAAUUUCUUGUGUCUUCAUCUUCAGUGAACUCCGAAGCUAAUUCUAAUGCCAAGGCUGAGAAUUUGCUUCUUUUGGGUGAUGCAUUUUUUCGGGAAAGGGAAUUUCGGCGAGCUAUUAAUAUGUAUAAACAAGCAUUGCAGCAUCACAAGUUCAUUCCGAAGCAAAGUGCUUCGACUUUAAGAAGCUCAUUAUCUAUGCCAAACAGGUCUUCUUCUCCAAGUCCUCUUAAUAUUUCAACGUUUAAUGAAAAUGAGGUCAAAUUCAAAAUAGCAUCUUGUCAUGCAGCAUUGAAUGAAAAUAAAGUUGCACUCUUGGAGAUGGAUGGAAUUCCUAUCAAGGCUAGAAACUUGCCUAUGCAUUUGAUGAUGGGAAAACUUUAUCGAAAUACUAGGCAUACUCGUGCAGCUGUUUCUUGUUACAAAGAAUGUUUAAGACAGUGUCCCUAUCUCUUUGAAGCCAUAACUGCUUUAGCUGAGCUUGGAGCUUCUGCCAAGGAGAUUAUUUCUUUACUUCCUCAGACACCUAGUAGAAGCGGGAGGCCUCACUCUGAUCAUGUUGAAUCUAGUCGGUGGCUACAUCAUUAUGCCGAGGCCCAGUGUUGCAUUACUUCAAAUGAUUAUAAAGGUGCCUUGGAAAUAUUUUCAGAUAUUUUGCAGCGAUUCCCAAAUAAUGUACAUAUUUUACUUGAAAUUGCAAAGGUUGAAGCCAUUAUUGGGAAGCAUGAUGAAGCUCUAGUGAGUUUUGAAAAGGCUCGUUCUCUGGAUCCUUAUGUAGUUACAUACAUGGAUGAGUAUGCGAUGCUUCUUAAGAAAAAGUCUGAAUAUCCAAAGCUAAACAAGCUGGUGUAUGACUUGUUGAAUAUUGAUUCUACCAGACCAGAAGUGUUUGUCUGCUUGUCAGUGUUGUGGGAAAGGAAAGAUGAGAGAGGAGCCCUAUCUUAUGCAGAGAAGAGUAUUCAAAUGGAUGAAAGGCUUGUAUCAGGAUAUAUUAUGAAGGGGAACUUGCUUUUAGCAAUGAAUCGACCUGAUGCAGCUGCUGCAGCAUUUAGAGGUGCUCAGGAGCUAAAACCCGAUCUUCGUUCGUAUCAAGGAUUAGUUUAUUCUUAUUUGGCUAUUUCAAAGGUUAAGGAGGCUUUGUAUAUUGCAAGAGAGGCGAUGAAAGCAAUGCCUCAAUCGGCCGUUGCUUUAAAGUUAGUUGGAGAUGUGCAUGCUAAAAGCUCCAGUGGGAGAGAAAAGGCAAAAAAGUUUUAUGAGUCUGCUCUCAGGCUGGAACCGGGUUAUCUUGGGGCUGCAUUAGCUCUUGCUGAACUUCAUGUUAUGGAGGGUCGAAAUGGUGAUGCUGUGUCUCUUCUUGAGCGUUACCUUAAAGACUGGGCAGAUGAUUCUCUUCAUGUAAAGCUUGCUCAAGUAUUUGCUGCCACAAACAUGUUACAAGAGGCACUGUCUCAUUAUCAGGCUGCGUUGAGAAUAAAUCCCCAAAGUGAAGCUGCAAAGCUAGGGCUGGAUCGAUUAGAGAAGCAGAUGAAGGGAGUUGAUCCAGAUGCACCUGAUGAUGACGAAGAAAAUGAAGUUGAUGAUGGCGAAGGUGACCAGGAAGAAACCGAGCUUUUGUAAGCUGCCUAAACUUAUAAUUCGAUUUCACAUGAAGAUGUUAUUGAUCAACGUCUUUAAUCCUGGUAUGGAAAGUGGCUUGUGAAUUGUGAUCAUUCUGUAUGUAUAAUGUAUAGUUCUGGGUGAUGUUGGUAUCCAGAAUGUGUAUCAUAUUGUAGCCUAUUUCUUCUUUUUGUGGGGUAUACUGCUAAACAUUCUACUUUGUAUUACUUAUUAUACUUAGGAUAAAGAUCCUUAAUUAUUGAUCAUUUGGAAUACUGGAGUCAAGGCUUACUGUACUACCAUUUUUGACCACUUCA